AUGUUGGGGUUUUUUUUCUUCGACACGCCGCACGUCCGCACCAGCAACCGUCCUCCUCGACACGCCUCGCGCCUCCCCGUCUUCGAGACACCGGUCCGACGCCUCGCCGUUUCCGACGCAUCACCGCCUCGACGCUCCGCGUCCCCCGCCGACUCGAGCUCGACGCCGACUCCACUUUGCAGAUUUGGAAGGCUCGCCCCCAGCAAGGCCCAUGUUGCAGGCAAACAAACGGGCGGGCCAGGUGGGGCGGCCUUCCUGGACCCGUGGCAGGUCACGGGCCAGGUCGGGCGCGGGCGGAGGGUCGCGGGGCAGAUGUCAGGAAACAAGACUGUGGUUGGGCUUUCAUGGGAACCUAAUUUGGCUGUGUUUUCAUCCACCGGAAAGGAAAAAUGCCCUGAAACUGAAAUCAGUGCUCUGUACAAACCCAAUUCUGAGCUCGUCGAUGGUCUUUUUCUUCCUCCCAAUGACCCCAGAAAGUUAAACAAACUGAUCAAGAAACAAGUCAAGGACACUGCUGGAAAAAAUUGGUUUGAUAUGCCUGCUCAAACCAUGACACCGGAGUUGAAAAAAGAUCUACAGCUUCUGAAGGUGGGCACUGUGAUAGAGUCUGCAACAGAGUUCUUCACUGGCAGACUUACUAAAAAGGAGAGAAAGGCAACCCUUGCUGAUGAGCUGCUUGCUGAUAGUACCCUUGGUGAUUAUAGAAAACGCAAGGUUCGAGAGAUUGAAGAGGCAAACCGGCCUGCUGGGGUGGACAAGUGGAAGAGAAGCAAGUCAAAGAAGCAUGCAAAGGGCAGGAAAAAGGUGGUAAACAGCUAAAAUAGGUGCACACUCAAUUAACCAUUUUCCGAGGUUGGAUAUAUACCCUUUUGUUUAGCAUGAGGUUAAGAGAGGUUAUGUUGGUUUACUCUGUUUAUGAGUCUGUCUGGUGAAUUGGGAUUAUACCCAUCUGUUUUCGGAUGAGAACAUGAUGUUCUUGUUGUAAUUCUGUUAUUCACUAUAACCAUUUUGUUAUUGGUAUAUUAUUUAUUUAUUUAUGCAAUGGAUAUGGAUGGACUAAAUAUCAGGUAUUUCCUUUGUUAUCCCCUGUAUUUCUUGUCAAAUCAUACAAGAUAUGAAAAUUCUGCAGCUGAUGAUAGUGUACCCAUUUAUGUCUUGAUUGAUUUGUUGCCAUGAAAAACAGCACCACCACCACAAAAGGAUGUUCGCUACACCACAAAGAGACUUGCUAAAUUUUGAUUCUUUCGUUACAACAUUCAUAAAACCGUUGACA